AUGGCUCUCAAGAGAAUCAACAAGGAACUCACAGACCUGGGGCGCGAUCCCCCAUCGUCUUGCUCUGCUGGUCCUGUUGGAGAUGAUCUGUUCCACUGGCAAGCAACUAUCAUGGGUCCUGGGGACUCUCCAUACUCGGGUGGUGUUUUCUUCCUAGCGAUCCACUUCCCUACCGACUACCCCUUCAAGCCGCCAAAGGUCAACUUCACGACUCGUAUCUACCACCCCAACAUCAACUCUAACGGCAGCAUCUGUCUGGACAUCCUGAGGGACCAGUGGAGUCCGGCCCUUACGAUCUCCAAAGUGCUGCUCUCCAUCUGCUCCAUGCUUACUGACCCCAACCCUGACGACCCGCUCGUGCCCGAGAUCGCUCACGUCUACAAGACGGACCGCCCUCGUUACGAAGCUACCGCCCGAGAAUGGACACGCAAAUAUGCCAUUUGA